AAGAGACAGAGGGGAAACGGGGAGGAGCUACAGCAGUGGGUGGGAGGAGAUGGGGAGAAGAAGAAAGAAAAGAGGAGGGCGGAGAGGGAGGAGGCUGCGAGGAGGGGAAGAAGCGGAGGAAAACGAAGAGGGGCGGGGCGCGGGCCCUGACGCGGGCAGCUUCCGGGCGCGGCCCGCCCAGCCUAGGCUGGCUGCCGUCGCGUCCUUUUUCCUUGUAUGGUCGGACGACGAGGCUGCCCUACUCCUGCGCCCCGCGAGCCGAACCAGACGAAGUUCCGGAAAUGCCCGAUCGGGGUCUGCAGAUGCUCGAAUUCUGGCCAAGACUCUUAAAGUGUCUGGAGACUCCCAAGUUGCCUGGUGCGGGGGGCCGGAGAUUCCAAAUGGAGCCUAGAAUUCUCACACGUCUUUAAAGCCUCUGUCCCAAACCGGGAGGGUUCAUAUCUAUAAUCCUAAACAUUCAUAGGGUUGAGGCUGGAGGAUUGCCAGGAGUUGCUCGGGGUUCAUAAGGAUACCCAGUCUUCCCUUUUUCCCUGCCCUCCCCUACAAACAAACAAAAAGUCCAUAAAGGGUGAGAGGGCUCAGCAAGUAAAUGCGCUUGCCACGAAGGCAUAAGACCUAGUUAGAUCCCGGGACCCACUUUGUGGAAGAGACCCGAUUCUUGACUAACACUACACAUUUACAAGUCAGGCAUGGUGAUCUGAGCUUGUUAUCCCAGCAGGAGGUUGCUGAGAGUUCAGAUAAGUUUGAGCUAGGGUCGACUUUAUUUAAAAAAAAAGUUAAACUAAAAAAAGUCCUCUAUCAAGUCCGCCCAAGCUGUCUGCGCAGGGUUCAGAGUCCCCUAGGGCCCCCGGCUUUGGGUGACCCCUGACCCUGGCCGCCUGGGCUCGCCUUCCCGCACAUUCCGUCCUCGCCGCCCCGCCCCACCCCGCCCUCCUUCCUUGGCCCUGUGGGGACGGAAACAUCCCGUUCCUGCCCGAGCUGGGUCAAGAGCCGGAGGGACAGGACCAGAGCACCCCUUACGCCAGAACUAGCUCUCCUUGUUCCUACUGGGUGACCUCAUCUCGCCACGCCUCCUCAGGUGAACACCCGGGCUGGUAACGUCACUUCCUGCCAGGGUUUCACUAUGUAGACCCUGGUCGGCCUGGAACUCUAUAGACCAGACUGGCCUCGAGCUCAGAUCCGUCCCCCUCUGCUGUCCCAGCACGGGGAUUAAGAACGCGCCACCACUACAGCUGACCGGAGCUUCACUUUGGUUAGACACAAACACAACACAGCUAGUCUGUCUUCUCUUCCCGACCUACGAUCUCUCCUUCAACAAACAGCCCCUCGGCGCUCGUCCCCGGAGCCCGCCCGCCCGCCAGCCAGCCCCUCUUGCUCCCCGCGCAGGGCCCAUCACCUGGAGACUCUCCUUCAGUUGCGGGAUGAGCAUCUUGUAGCGCUGCACAGGAUCGAAGUCCUGCUGCUGCUGCUGCAGGAGCCCGCUCUGGGCAGAACCCACCAACUGGGUCGGUUGUGGCUGUUGCUGGGGACCCGGACCCCCGGCAGAACCCGGGCCUGACACACCAGACGCAGAGGAAACCGCUGCAGCCUGUGGCUGGGGCGCAGCCAUUUUCCUCCGCUAGAACGCCGGAAAUGCGUCAUAAAUGCGUCUGCUCCGGUAGCUCCUCAGCUUUUUCAGUUGGCUGACCUCCUAGUUAGCCAUGCCUUACCGACAGAUUAGCCAAUGGGAGAAGAGGAUAUGCAUUUUUCUCCGCCCUCCCAAAUCCGAGGCCAUGAGUGGAAUAUCUUUUCGCCAAUCAUAAGAGGAGUUCCCCCACGGCUCCGCCCCUUCACCCACAGCUCGCCAAUCACUGUGAAGGACUGACCAAACUCUAUUUCCCUGAAGGCCUUGCGGCCAGGAGCGACCUGUCUAGUCUUCUGCGUCUUGGUAGCAGUCGGAGCGGGAGCUGCAAGUCUGUGUCCGACGCUGUCUGUGCUCUUACUUCAGUCACACCCGAGCCCUUCUCGUCGGCCCACUUCAUCCCCUUUCCCCGCGGAGCCCGGCGUCUACGGGAGCCUGUCCUUGGAUCCGGCGUCUCUCAAAGUCGGUACGCCACUCAGCGUCCGCCUGCGGCCAGCGAGGACGCCUACCGCGCCGCCGUCGCCUGGUCGCGAUGGCGCCCACCAUCCAGACCCAGGCCCAGAGGGAAGAUGGCCACAGGCCCAAUUCCCACCGGACCUUGCCUGAGAGGUCUGGAGUAGUCUGCCGAGUCAAGUACUGCAAUAGCCUUCCUGACAUCCCAUUUGACCCCAAGUUCAUCACCUACCCCUUCGACCAGAACAGGUUUGUUCAGUACAAAGCAACCUCCUUGGAGAAACAGCACAAACAUGACCUCCUGACUGAGCCAGAUCUGGGGGUCACCAUUGAUCUCAUCAACCCUGACACCUACCGCAUUGAUCCCAAUGUUCUUCUGGAUCCGGCUGAUGAGAAGCUUCUAGAAGAGGAGAUUCAGGCUCCCACCAGCUCUAAGAGAUCCCAGCAGCAUGCAAAGGUGGUACCGUGGAUGCGUAAGACAGAGUAUAUCUCCACUGAGUUCAACAGAUAUGGCAUCUCCAAUGAGAAGCCUGAAGUCAAGAUUGGGGUUUCUGUGAAACAGCAGUUCACAGAGGAAGAAAUAUACAAAGACAGGGACAGCCAAAUCACAGCCAUUGAAAAGACUUUUGAAGAUGCCCAGAAAUCGAUCUCCCAGCAUUACAGCAAGCCCCGAGUGACACCAGUGGAGGUCAUGCCUGUCUUCCCAGAUUUUAAGAUGUGGAUAAACCCAUGUGCUCAGGUCAUUUUUGACUCAGACCCAGCCCCCAAGGACACAAGUGGUGCAGCUGCAUUAGAGAUGAUGUCUCAGGCCAUGAUCAGGGGCAUGAUGGAUGAGGAAGGGAACCAGUUUGUGGCUUAUUUUCUGCCUGUGGAAGAAACACUAAAGAAACGAAAGCGGGACCAAGAGGAAGAGAUGGACUAUGCACCAGAUGAUGUGUAUGACUAUAAGAUUGCUCGGGAAUACAACUGGAAUGUGAAGAACAAGGCCAGUAAGGGCUAUGAGGAGAACUAUUUCUUCAUCUUCAGAGAGGGUGACGGAGUUUACUACAAUGAGCUGGAGACCAGGGUCCGUCUAAGUAAGCGCCGGGCCAAGGCUGGGGUUCAGUCAGGUACCAAUGCCUUGCUUGUCGUCAAACACCGUGACAUGAAUGAGAAGGAAUUAGAAGCCCAGGAGGCACGAAAGGCCCAGUUGGAAAACCACGAACCAGAGGAAGAGGAGGAGGAAGAGAUGGAGGCUGAAGAGAAAGAAGCUGGGGGCUCAGAUGAGGAACAGGAGAAGGGUAGCAGCAGUGAGAAAGAAGGCAGCGAGGAUGAACACUCUGGAAGUGAGAGUGACCGAGAAGAGGGUGACAGAGAUGAGGCAAGUGACAAGAGUGGCAGCGGUGAGGAUGAAAGCAGUGAGGAUGAAGCACGUGCUGCCCGGGACAAAGAGGAGAUUUUUGGUAGUGAUGCUGAUUCAGAAGAUGAUGCUGACUCUGAUGAUGAGGACAGAGGGCAGGCCCACAGGGGCAGUGACAAUGACUCGGACAGCGGCAGUGAUGGUGGUGGCCAGAGGAGCCGCAGCCAGAGCAGGAGUCGUAGCCGGAGUGCCAGCCCCUUCCCCAGUGGCAGUGAGCACUCAGCUCAGGAAGAUGGCAGUGAAGCAGCAGCCUCUGAUUCCAGUGAGGCUGACAGUGACAGUGAUUGAGCCUCAAGGCUUUCUAAUGAGAUCAGCACAGACACCAUUUUUAGGGCAGGGAAGCACUUUUCUAGUUGUCUGUUUUGUGAGCUUUUGUCACUACCCCUCAAUCUUUGCUGUUAAUAAACCUAACUUCUCUUGACUUCA